AUGGAUAGCUAUGUGGAUAAACCAACGACCGGUUUCACUACCGUCACUCGAACAAGCCAUCAGUUAGUGCAGUCGGAAGCGGGAAACGAAGCACGUCUGCCAGAAUCAGAAACCCUACCUGAGGGUACUGACUCAACACAUCAGGUUCAGUCAGAGUUUCAUGCUCAACAGGUUCAUUUCACAUUGGGUACCAAAUCAAAAAUUAAAGGUUCAUAUGACAAGGAAAAUAAUCUAUUCAGAGAAAACCGUCCAUCGAGUAAGCUCUCAGCUGUAACAUCCUUUCGGUGCACAGCUGCCUUGGCACCCGAAGAAAGCACGAGGACUGAGAUACUGCCAAACCACCCAAAGCUAGACAGAAGCAGUCAGGAUCCAGAGGUUAGGUUCGAACCAAGGACCCUCCGGUGA